AGAGGGAGAGCAGUCACCAAACCAAAACCGCUCUCGAGUCUCCAUCCAUUCUCUCCGCUCAUCCGCAGCUCUCGAGUCUCCAGCUCUAGCUAGCCUUAGCCUCGUCCAAGGGACGAAGGGGCCACCAUGAGCGUGGUGAUCCUGGACGGCUCCACGGUGCGCGGCUUCGUGGCGGACGAGGCGGCCUUCGCGCGCAGCCUGGACGCGCGGUUCGCCGCGCUGGACGCCAACGGCGACGGCGUGCUGUCCCGCGCCGAGCUCCGGCGCGCGCUCGAGUCCUUCCGCCUCCUCGACGGCGGCGGCUUCGGGUCCGCCCAGCCGGCGCCGCUCCCCGCCGAGGUCGCCGCGCUCUACGACGCCGUCUUCGAGCAGUUCGACGCCGACCACAGCGGCGCCGUCGACCGCGCCGAGUUCCACGACGAGAUGCGCCGCAUCAUGCUCGCCGUCGCCGACGGGCUCGGCUCCCAGCCGCUCCAGGUCGCCGUGGACGACGAGGGCGGGAGCUUCCUGCUCGAGGCAGCCGAGCACGAGGCCGCUGGGAUCGCCGCCAAGAUCGAAGCCAACCGCAAGGCGGAGGCGGAGGCGGAGGCGGCCAAGUGACGACGUGUCCCUCGUGCGGGCCCUGCGCUUGAUUUUCUGGGUGUUUGCUACUACGUACUAGUACUACUUACCUGGCGGCCGAUGUGCCGCCGCACGUGUACGGUAUACUACGUAACUAGAAGCGGCCAGCACCAGCUACUCAAAUCACUGCUGAUGCUACUUGUGAACGGAAUAAAACCUGUCAAUCAUUUUAGUGGUCUUGCUUGCAUAAAACACUUCUUUGUCGUC